GUAUUCCUAGGAUUGUGCAUUUACCCUAGUUUUUACAUGCUUCUCAGCUGUUACUUCAGAAACACUUGGAGAACUCUGGUAUCAGAAAAUGAUGGUCGCUAGGAAAACGUUUUUGCCAACUCCUAUCAGAUCACCGACCUGUGUGAUCAUCCUGGGAAUUGUCCUGAUCCUAGGAAGUUUUGAGCUUGGUUUUAUUGUGAAGCUUUCCACAGCCUCCAGCCAGCCACAGACCCUGCCCGUUGUACAUGAGGCAGGGAGGGAACUGGAGCCUCUGGACGACAACAGCAGUUAUGAAGUCCCCUUCCAAAAGAGCAAGUGCACAUGUCCCUCCAAGCAACAAGGAUUAACCAUAUAUAAUCUCAAGGAAUAUUUGGCCAAGAGUGAUGUAGAAUUUGCACGAGACAGACGAGAGAAGGAAUAUAAACAUUACAAAAAAUUGGAACGCACUGAAAACAUUUUAAUAGCACCUUCAAAUUCACCAUUAAGAUACCCCAUCCAUGGAGUCCAAGUAAUGCCGCUCAACACAAUUAACCUGCCAGGACUAAAGAUUAAUACAGAUCUCCCAAAAUACACGGUAACCCUUGAGGCAUCUUUGGGAACCAUUGACUUUCUAGUAAAGAUAUCUGGUACUGAUGAGGUUCAGGUUCACGGCAGAGGAGAAAAACAUUUUACAAUAUCUACCAGCAACAUCCAUGUAUUAAAUCUGAUUUUGAAAUCUAUCACUUACACAAGCAUGAUGUAUGAUAUCGAUAGUCUGGAUAUUGUGAAAUUUACUUUAGGCGAACAUAUAGCACAGAUACCAGUUUUGAUCCGGCAGCCACCAAUUCCACGUUUACAGGACCCAGGACAAGGAAGAAAUAUUAGUGAUCUGGUCACCAUCACCACCAAGACCUUUUUGCGCUAUGAACAGCUGCGAACGAUGCUCAAGAGCAUACGCCAAUAUUAUCCUGACAUAAAGGUCAUUGUGGCUGAUGACAAUGAAAAGCCUGAGAAGAUUGAUGACCCCAAUGUAGAGCAAUAUAUAAUGCCAUUCGCAAAGGGAUGGUUUGCAGGGAGGAAUCUUGCUGUGUCGCAGGUGACAACCAAAUAUUUCCUCUGGGUGGAUGACGAUUUUCUCUUCACCAGUGACACUAAAAUUGAAAAUCUACUGGAUGUGCUGGAAGCAACUGACCUGGAUUUAGUAGGAGGAAAUGUUGCAGGAAACCAUUUUAGUUUCAAACUCAUUCUGGAAGAAGGUGGAGAGGAUGGUGAUUGCUUACAUUGGAGAGCAGGAGGCUACCAUACUAUUCCAGGCUUCCCUAACUGCGUUCUGACUGGUGGGGUGGUCAACUUUUUUCUGGCCCACACUGACCGAGUUCUAGGUGUUGGAUUUGAUCCAAAAUUAAGCCGAGUGGCACAUACUGAGUUCUUCAUAGACGCUUUGGGACGUUUGAGAAUUGGAUCCUGUAAUCAUGUUUCUAUUGGACACCAGAAAAAGAAAACUCCAAAAGAUAAAGAAUUAAUGGAAAAAAAUAAAUUGUUCAAUACAUUCCGGCAAGAUACUGCAGAGCAACAGAGGUUUAAGCUGGGUCUACUAUACUUUAAGAAUCGGCUGAGCUGUUUUAUCAAGCGUUAAUCUCCCAACAGCUGCUACCUUACUUGUAAAUCUCUACUAGUUUAUUUGAAGGAAGGAUGCGCUGUAUGCACGUGGAUUACAGCCUCAUACUUGAAAAAGGAGUGU